AUGUUCAUCGGAAGUUGUGCGACCUUCUAUGACUUAUGUCGGGCGAGAGUUGUCGCUCAAGAAACGACUCACACCUACGACAUGCCUCCUAGUGAGGAAGCGCAGCACAAGUUCGGUGGCGCCAAGUCAAUAUCCUCGGACCAGUUUUUCGGCGGCGGCAGUACCGACUUCGAAGCCCGACAAAACCUGUCUCGCUUUGAGGCAAGUUCGGCCAUAUCCAGCUCUGACUUCUUUAACGAGGAGCCUAAAAGUCAUUCGACGAAGACUGCAAGCCGUUAUUCGGUGCCAUCACUGAAUGUCCAGCUUCCGGACCUGAUAGACAUCAAGGAGUCGGUUCGCAGCGGCGUAGCCACCGUCGCCAACAAGCUUUCGACCCUCUCCACGAAUGUUUCGUCGUAUAUCAGCGUAAGCUAUGUUCGUUUGUUUCAAAUCGAUUUUGAUUCUUGA